GACAGUUGGCAGUUUGACACGUUGGGCCUUCAAGAGAUCAGCGGGGGCCAUGCGCUGUCGGCUCUGGGGUUCUUUCUGAUGCAGCGCGAGGGGCUGGUGGAGAGAUUUCGCAUGGAGCCGCUCCGGCUGGCCCGACUGCUGCGGACUUUGGAGAGUGGCUACCCAGCCAGCAACCCCUACCACAACUCGGCUCAUGCCGCGGAUGUGCUGCACACUCUGCAUGUGCUGCUGCACGGGGCUCAGCUCACAGAGCAUUACCUGGACAAGCUGGGCCUGAUGGCGGCGUACUUUGCAGCGAUCGUUCACGACUACGGCCACCCGGGCCUCACCAACGACUUCCUGGUGGCAACCUCUCACCCCCUGGCGCUGAGGUACAACGACCGGUCCCCCCUGGAGAGCCACCACGCGGCCGCGGCCUUCACCCUGCUGGCCGACAGACCCGACCUCGACGUCACUACGGGUCUUAGCGCCGCGGAGAGGGCUGCAUUCCGGAAGCAGGCGAGGGGGGGGGCAGGGGGCCCUGUCGUUGAGCUCGUCCUGGCCACCGACAUGAAGCAGCACUUUGCCAUCCUCAACCAGUUCAACACGCGCCAUCUCGUACCAUGCAUGGGCCGUCACUCGAAAAAUAUAUCCACACUCACGAAUUGCGUUUCUUUGCCGUACUUUUGCCGUACACGCCGUACACAGGUGAUGCUCAAGGCUUCCGACAUUGGCCACCUGGGGGCGAGUUUGGACCGCCACAAGCGGUGGCUUACCGGUCUUGAGGAGGAGUUCUUCCGCCAGGGCGACCAGGAGCGCCAGAGGGGCCUCCCAGUCAGUCCGCUGUUUGACCGGGCCAAGCAGGGAGUCAGCAAGAGCCAGGUGGGGUUCUACGACUUCGUGGCGCUGCCGCUGGUGCGAGCCGUGGCGGAGGCCUUCCCUGGCGCCCUGCCCCUGCUGCGCUGCUUCUCUGAGAAUUACGAGUAUUGGAAG